AUGCCGGUGAUUCAUGUUGAAAGCGAUGAUCACUUCAAGACUCUCUUAGAGGAAAACAAAAACAAAGUCGUCGUCAUUGAUUUCACCGCCAGCUGGUGUGGACCAUGCAAAUUCAUCGCUCCACUCUACGAGGAGUUGGCUAAUUCCCAUCCGAACACCGUUUUUCUCAAAGUCGACGUUGAUGAGUGCACUGGAGCCGCGAAUGACGUCGAAGCGAUGCCGACUUUCCGAUUUUUCGUCAACGGAGAGAAAGUCGCCGAGUUCACCGGUGGAAACGAGUCAAAACUGAAGGAAUACGUCGAGAAAUACGCUGUU